AGCCAACAUUUAAAAAAUUCUGAAGGACAUUCCUCUUGUUUAGUUUUCUGAUUGACAAUUUAGUCUUUAGGUUCGGUCUUUACAGAUAAAUUUGACUUUGAACAUUAUAGAAGUCUCUACAUGUUGGUCUGAGUAAUACUUUGAUGACUGGCACUGAAAGUGGAGAGGGAAACAAGGGGAUCUGCUAUUUUGGACAUGAUUCUCACCAACAGGGAAGAACUGAUUGAUGAGUUCAGGAUGACGCAGAAUCCCAUCUAUGAUUACCCGAACCCCCAUACCAGUCCCCAGCAGGAGGUGCAGACAUCUCCACGGAACAUCAGUCUGAUGGGCCGGCUACGAUUCACCCAGCCUAUUUGGCUGCAGAUAGACAUCAACUCAGCUACAGCCCUUCACAUUUUGCAUCGUGAACCUCCUGGGACUUUUCUGGUGCGCAGAUCAAACAUGCGACAAUGCAUGGUUCUCUGCCUGCGUCUCCCAGACAAUUCAUCUUCAGGUUUUGUGACUACCUAUUGUCUCCACCGGGAGCCUACAGUCAUCUCACUCGAGGGCUCUGACAUGAAGUUUCCCAGCCUCUUGCAUCUGGUCGCUUCCUACUGCUCCACACCGGACAUUCUCCCUCUCCCUUUGCGUCUUCCCCAUGCCAUCCGGAAGGCCUCAUCCAACCACCAGCUAGAGGCCAUUGCACAUUUGGAACUUGAAUUUUGGAGCUCGUCCUUCAACACCAGGGAACCUGUCCAGCCAGCCCCAUUGGUGCCCCCUGUGGAUGUGGGCAUUGACCCACUGCCGCUUUCGCUACAUAACCCUGAAGGAGAGAACUGCAAGCAGUUGGUCUAGGCAGAUACCACCAGAGACUAAUUUACUGGAAUGCCACUGGGGGACGUGCAUGCCCGGCGUCAGCGCUUCAAGAACAGCAUGAAGGUGCAAGUCUCCACGGAGGCUGCCAGCCCCCUGACCCCUCCAGCUGCCCCGCCACCUCCCAUUCCAGUUUGGAAGAACAGUCCACCUAGUCCACCCCAGUUUCCUGUCUCUUGUGGGGGAAACUGGUCUUCCAGUUGCCACUCAUCAUUUCCAGUUCCCUUAAAAGCCACAGUGACAUCAGAGGCCUACGAUGGGCCCUCUGGUGCACCCCAGUAUCCUGUCUCAGUUCACGUUUCCUCACAAGCCGCAAUGACGGCAGAGGCCUAUGAUGUGCCCUUUGGCACACCCCAGUUUCCUGUCUCAGUUCAAGUUUCCUCACAAGCCACAGUGACAUCAGAGGCCUACAAUGUGCCCUUCGGUGCACCCCAGUUUCCUGCCUCUUGUGGGGGAAACUGGUCUUCCAGCAGCCACCAAUCACCUCACAUUUCCUUACAAGCCACAGUGGAGUCGGAGACCUAUAAUGUGCCCUUCAGCGAUUGUGGGACCAGGGAGAGGGAAGACAUGCAUCACUUUUUGAGGCCUCCUUCAGUAUAGCCUGUUCCCCCUCAGGUCAGCUGUUGCAUGUUACAGAAGAGGAACAGACAGAGUUCUGGAAUAAGUUUUUUGACGUGUCAGCCUACUUAGGACAUCCCAGCCCAUGAGAGGGACAUGGUGGGCCUUGGGGUACCAGGCUUCCUCCCCCAUCCCCCAUCCUCUGAGCCUUCUUGAUACGUUCCAAAAAAUGAGCUUCUGUGGAACUUUGCUGAGGUAGGCAUGUGCCAGGACUUCUAUGAGAAGUUUACUGGUCAAAGCAGGGAGCAAAGAGGUUGGAACAAAAAUUCCCUGGACCCUUUCUAAAUUCUUGGGAGUAAAAUCUGAAACCUGGGAGUAGCAGCUUUUCAGUUCUCUGAGAUUGGGAAAUUGUUUUGUGUGGAUACUGGAGCUGUCUUAUGGGUAUUGUUAGUUUUGUUGUGUUAUUCUAUUUUGCUAUUUUAUGCUAUUUUGUUAUUUUAAAUAUUACAGCCCAAUUUUUCUUCAAUAAACUGAUCAUUCUGCUAA